AUGUGGACAUCCGACACGGACCUUGAAGUUCCUGAGGUUAGGAUCUUAGUCGUCAGUGACCCUGGAACCGGAAAAUCUAGUUUGAUACACGCGGCCGCAUAUCCUGAAAGUUGUGACGGAGCAAUUCCCCCCAAAGUUCCAAGUAGGAUGCCACCUACUAGGUUUCCGGAAGAUAUGUUUCCGGAUCGUGUUCCGGUUAUUGCUUUUGAUGUUGGUGCAGUGGAUGAAGAGGACAACCGUCAACUUGGUCCAUUCCGGCGUCUUAAUACUUCAGUUGUCCUCGUUUAUUGUAAAUCUACCUUUGAUCGUUUGCGUACUUUUUGGCUUCCCCUACUUAAAAGAAUUAACAAGGGGGAUUCAAAGUUUGAUGAUUACAAGAACGUGCAGUUUCUUCUUGUCAUUCUGGCGGGUAGUAGGUCGGAGUUAGACAAGGAUUCAAAGUAUGAUGAUUACAAGACCGAGAAAUGGAUCUCAAUGUUGAUGCGAGAGUUUCCACAAGUCGAAAUGUGUAUUGAGUUUUCACUAGGCGACCGUAGUCAAGUUAUGUCCAUCCAUGACGUGUUUUACGCUGCCCAAAGUGCAAUACUACAUCCACGUGGUCCACUACUUGACCCCGAGACUCAAAUGUUGAGUCGUGAAUGUGUAUGGGCAUUAAAGAGAAUUUUUAUAAUGUGUGAUAAAGAUAGAGAUGGUGCUCUAAAUGAUGCAGAAUUGAAUGAUUUGCAAGUCAAAUGUUUCGAUGAACCCAUAGUUACAUAUUUUGUGAACGGAACUGUUGCCUAUAAUUGUUCCGAAGGAGUCAAUGAGAAUGGCCUUACCUUGAGAGGUUUUCUUAUGUUAAAUGAAUUAUGUAUUGCAAAGGGCCUUACAGAAGUAACCUGGACUGUUCUAAGAAAAUUUGACUACAAUAAUUUUUUAGAGCUUAGCGAUGAUCACAUUUUCCUUCCAAUCCGAAGAACUCCUGAUCAGACUGUGGAGCUGACAAGUGAGGCUCUGGAAUAUCUCAGAGGGGUGUAUUCCUCUAAUGACAGGGAUUAUGUGUGCUCUUUGAUCUUUUCACAUUUGAGAUUUGAGUGCUAUGUGGAUACGAGCUGUUUGAGUGAACAUGCAGUGGAGAGUAAUGAGUUUGGAGGGUUAUCACUGGACGGCUUUUUGGCACAGUGGGCUUUUAUUACACUACUAGACCCAGUCUUUAGCGUGGGCAGCCUCAUACAACUUGGAUAUCCUGAUCAUCCUUCUUCUGCAGUAAGAGUUACCAGAGGAAGAUGUGUUGACCGCAAGAAGCAACAGUCUGACCGAAAUGUCUUCCAGUGCUUUGUUUUUGGGCCUAAGGAGGCGGGAAAGUCCUCAUUGCUGCAGUCUUUUGUUGGAAGGCCGUUUUCUGAAACUUGUACACCAACUUUCUGGGAGUAUAUAACAGUUAAUACUGUUGAUCAUCCUGACGGGACACGGAAAACUUUGAUUUUACGAGAGAUCCCUAAUAACAUGUUGCUACUUCGCGAGGUUGCUUUUUCAGACUGUGACAUAGCAGUAUUUGUUCAUGACAGGUAA